CUAUUGGGCCUGCCAUUAUUAGUUUUAUGUCAGCCCAACGUUUUGGUAACGAGAUGAACAAGUGAUAAGAUGGCCCAACUAUUUUGCAUUCACCAAUACGACAUUUCAAGUUCCGUAUCCGAUGAUCUCCACCGACGCCGACAACGACGACAAGCUCGUCGACGAGGCGGAAGAAAUGAACCUCUCGCCGACUCCGGCCGCCGCUGCUGCUGAUCCUGCUUUCUCCACUCCGGAGGCAAAGGAGCACCAGAUUCCGAAGCCAAUAACCUGUCCCCCGGCGCCGCUCAGAGCUCCAGGAAAGCGCAGGCUAUCCCGCUCCGCAAUUCGCGACGCGACUAAAAAGUUCCGAGCGGCGAGGGAUUUCCUCCUUUCGCCGGAGAUGGAGACCGGCCGCCGCACUCCCAAGCACGAUCUCCGCAGUGCCAAGCACUUCCGUUAGCUAACAACGGGCAUCCGCUGAGCGUUGUGUAAUUAGCUAGGAAUAUGGUCUGCUUUGAUUUGAAAUAGGGUUUGUUUGGAUUGGGUAAUUUGGGAUUUCUUCGUUAUUGCGGAGCGUCGAGUGUAAUUUUUUUGAGUAAGAAACUGUAAUUAGGGUUGGACUUGAUCCUCUUGUUCUAUCAGUAUCAGCUGCAGCUUUGUUGUCGUCUGUAUGUAUGUAUGUAUAUGGAGAAAUCAGCCCGUUGACAGAGAUUUUGGGUGUCGUUCGUUGCCUGUACAAGUUGCUACUCCAUUGUUGGAACCUGUGAAAUCGGUGUUGAAAGCUUUCUUCUUCUGCAGUCACUGUGACCAAUUCUGAUACUAUCUAAUCUAAGGUGUGAAAUGUCUGUUUAGGUUAGGACUUAGGUGUCUCCAAACUGGAAAGUGGCAGUCUUUUUCAUUGUUGUAAAAAGUAAAAGAAGUCGAGAAAAACUGAAGAGACAGAAGGUUCCCAGUAGGCAGGGGGGCAGUUCAUGGUUCACUCUUGGUCUUUUGGAAGGAAUUUUCAAAUAGUUGUUAAAUCUUAUCGGAAGUUGUACCAGAAAAAACAAACGAUUUGAAAUUUUGCAUUGAAAUCUUGAUUCAGUCUGUUUUAUAUCGUCAAAAAUCAUCUAUCAAUUGAACUGUCAAUACAGUAUUGUUUUACAGAGAAUUUGUCCAAUCAUUUCCUCUAGACCUGCUUGGCAUUGUGUGUGUCAGCCAUUGAACCUAGAUAUUGUUCCAUUGGUUGUUUUGUGGAGUGAAGUACAUCAAACCAGAGUCACCUAUUCGUGAAAUGGGCUCUGUUUAGCUGGCCAUAGUAACCCAUACAAAACAGGCCUAAUGUUGGCACACCCAACCAAAAUCACAAAGAAGAAAACACAAUUGGAUAGACACUAAAACAAAACUCUUUAUAUUUUCCUCCUCUCUUCUCUCAUAUGGAAUGGAAUGGGAGCAGAUGCAGAGCCCCAAGUGUACCGUACAUUACAAUGAUGGACAGUCCCAUCCCGCUAAUUACACUAAUUAAUGUCGUUAUCUCCAUUAUUUGUUGGAUAGUAUAAACUAAUCCCAUCCACAGUCUGAGUCAAGAGUCAAGACACAGAUACGCUGAGAUUCUAUCACCUGAUGAGCUGUCGUGUAGAAGAGCUAAUCGAACUUUUCCCCUGAAAUGCCGUCGGUGGAUGGAACUGGGAAUUAGCUAAGUUCAGUGUAUAUAUAAACCCAUUUGUUACUCUUGACAGUAAUCUUCGGGUUAACCAAGACAGAGAUACGAGAAUCAUGUCUAAUGUGUUUAUAUAAACCCAACAAAAAGGAGAAUCAAGGUUGUCUGUCUGGGAUGCAAAAAGGCAGCGACCAUACCUGGUCACGAGAGCAUCACGUGGGGGGUAUGUCCUCCAUUCCUGCUACAGCCUUGUGAUAUUGUAUGCUUUUUCUUCCCAAGUUCAGUGUAAAAGGACAAAAGUGAAGAAAGGAAAGGGAAACCCACCUCUGGACUUAGCUUAGCUCCAAACAACUCCUUGCUUUGCACUGUUCUUGCUACCCAGCUUCCUUCCUAUCAUUUGGCUAUCUUAUCUGCCUAUAAUAAACAAACCCACAAAUGGAUUUGAUUAGCUUACUGGGUUCCGUUUCUUUCUUUUUUUUUCUUCUUUCCUUUUUCUUUUAUAUUGGGUUUCCUAGGUAAAGCAUAGGUGAGAUCAAAAUCAUUGAAAUUUUGUGUCUGGUUUUGGGUAUGGGUGUGAUUGUUCAUGUACACAAUUACAAGGGAAUGGCUCAUGCAUUUGUCAUUGACCCUACCCAACAUCUCCCAUAUACCCACAAUUAUGCCUCUUUUUAUCCUCCAAUCCUCAUGGGCCUAGGUAAUGCAUGCCCCCAUUCCAAAACAACUGCCUUUGAAUUGAUUAUGCUCUGUUACUAUUAAAAUCUAAUUAUUGAU